AUGCUUUUCAUGGGCUGCCUGAUAUCAGGCGUGUUCGGCAUCACGUGGCUCCUGGACUUCCUGCAGCUGCGCUGCAUUCAGCACACACCCUGGACGGAAGAGGGGGUGGGCAAGUAUUCGUGCCUCGUCAAGGGCGUUGGUGGCAUCAUGCUGCUGAUGAUGUUUCGGCAUUCGGCAGUGGCUUUGGCCUACUACGAUGAGGAUGGCGACCGGCUGCAGCGCAAGAAGGAGCGCUACCUUGACGAGAUGACAAAGCAAGUCGGAGAUGUUCUGACGCGAGCGACGUCGCAGGCACAGAAGCUGUGUGGCAUGCUCUCGGCCCAACUCGACGAGAAGGUGGGCGAGCACGUACGGCGAAUGCAGCGGAUACUCGCACAGUGUGAGAAGUCCUCCAGCCCAGAGGCUCCAGCCGUGUACACCAAACUGGUGGAACUCAUGGCCAUUCAUUUGCACCAUCUGCGGAAACCUGCAAUCGACCACUUUCAGAAACUGAUCUCGCUCUCCGGGAAGGCGCUCUUCCUGGAGGAUACCUUGAGACAGCAGAAGCACACCAGCAUGGUCCAACUUCUGACAGUACAUAGUCGCCGUGCUGCCAGGAUGGACCUGCCUCGUACCGAAACCGCUCACGAUCACGAUGACCCUGAAAUGGCUUUGCUGCUACACGGCGUGCAUCUCGUUCAGGGCGCCCACCGCUGCUGCACUUGCUGCUACGAGCGGAAGAGCCGGAAGUCUAACUCCGAAGUCACUCGAACCACGAGCCUGGACCGAAACUUUUCGGUGCCUUCGUACGACGACCUCCUCACUGAACUGCGUGAGCCGACGACAGACGAGUUGAAAAACCACCCGGAGGCAGUCGUGCUCAAGCCGGUCCAGUUGGUGCUCAAGUGGUUCGAGAAGAUCGAGCCUCUUCAGAGCAGACGGGACCCACGUGCAGAGUUGCUGCGUGGCGUGCCGCCUGGUGGAGUGAACCCGGCCUCGCCCAUAGGCCGCGUCAAGGGAGUGUACGUGCAUCUGAGGGACUCGCCAUUGUACAGGAGCCUCCUCAUUGGUAUCGUCUUCAGCGUUCUCCUCUUCAUCUUCCACUUUCACUUGGCAGGCAUAGUGCUUAAUCUCAUGCGAACUGGUCACCACUGUGCGGCCAUGAACAUGGUGUCUUGUGGGAUGGAGUUUGCCAGAGUACUCAUGGUAAUGCUGGGGAUGAUUUGUUAUGCUGCCUCACUGGUCGUAGUUCUCUGGAACAUUGAUAGACUGGAUGCUGUCCUACAGGUGAGUGAAGAGCUGCAUGAGCUCAGCGACUUCAAGCAUCAGAUUGACACUUUAAAUGCAAACGACUUGGCCGACGAAGAUUCGGACAUCUCGAUGCUUCAGGUCGUGGAGCGGAGCCUCUCUUGUCAGAAGCGCGGCUUGCCAGCAGCCAAUGCUCACUCUCCAGCAACAAGCCUCAAACCCAUCUUCACCCAGCAUCCCCGACUCCAUAGAGCUACCGGAAAUUCAGCGGCAUGUUUUGUGCAGAACCUUCUGAUUGUGGAUGCCGUUGCUGCCUUGGCCCUCUAUCGAAUCUCAGUACAUUCCCGUUCAAGGACAUGUGCUCUUGAUACGUCUCGACUCAGCUUGCUGCCAGGCAUUGUGGCGGAGUUCUACAACAAUGCAUGGGGCGAUAAUCUGGACGACAUCAGCAUUUUCAAGCACUUGAUCGUGGCCUUUUGCCUGUUGUUCAUGUUCUGCUGA